CGAGACUGUGUCGUCACAUCCGGGAAAAGGGCGAAACGACGAUAGUGAGAGACGGUACAAACGUAAAAGGAACGGUGUUCUUUUCACGAAAAUAUAGUUGUUCAUGGGAUACUUAAACACCGUAAUUGAUCUGGUUUUCAUAUAAAUAUUAUACUAGGAAUAUUGAAAGAUGUCUGAAGAGUUGGUAAAGCAGUUGAGCAAUUAUAAAGCUCAGCUGCAGCAGGUGGAAGCGGCGCUCUCUACAGAUCAAGAUAAUGAAGAUCUGCUUAAACUGCAGAAGGACCUCCAGGAGGUGAUUGAGUUGACAAAAGACCUGUUGACAUCACAGCCGGUGGAGGGUGCAACCAGCACCAAAAGCUCGGAGGCAGUCGCUCCCACUCGCAGCUGGAGGGUCGGAGACCAUUGCAUGGCCACCUGGACCCAGGAUGGACAGGUGUAUGAAGCGGAAAUUGAAGAGAUUGACACUGAGAACGGCACGGCAGCAGUCACCUUCGCUGGCUAUGGUAAUGCAGAGGUGUUGCCGCUUCAUGUGCUUAAACCAGUGGAGGAAGGCAGGAGCAGAGAAGAGGACGGGGGAAAGCCCAAAUCCAAGAAAGAGCUGCUGGCAGAGCAGAGGGAAUAUAAGAAGAAAAAGGCCCAGAAAAAGGUGCAGCGCAUGAAGGAGCUGGAGCAGGAGAGAGAAGAUCAGAAGUCCAAAUGGCAGCAGUUUAACAAUAAAGCCUAUUCCAAGAAUAAAAAAGGACAGGUGAAGAGGAGUAUAUUUGCAUCUCCAGAGAGUGUGAAUGGAAAAGUUGGCGUUGGCACAUGUGGUAUUGCAGAUAAACCCAUGACCCAGUACAAUGACACUUCAAAAUAUAACGUCAGGCACCUAAUGCCCCAGUGAUCUCCCUUGUGUUCUGUCUGUUCCCAUCUGUUAUCACCGAACAUGAAAAUGAAUCGAACUGAAACCCACUUAGAAAUCAUAAACGGAUCUAAUUGGACAUGAAAUAAAUAUAGUAACACAUUUCCCUCCUUGUUUUAUUUCUAGUACUAGUGGGUGUUUAUUCUGUGGAUGUUGGAGCUGUUCUGUACUGAACGGGUCUUUGAAUGUUGUAAAUGAUAAAACAUCAGUCCUCAGUGAAGCACAGCUCCUGGUUAGUUUUUACAGGGUUUUUUCCUCAUGCUCUCAGGACCAGGUCUCUGCAGGAGCUGCUGAGGAUGGGAACUCUGCUCUAUAGUUUUUAUAAUGUGUUGAACAAACAUAAAUGGAAAGCACUGGUCUCCCUCAUGCAUAGUGGAGUAAGGGAGGACUGGUGUCAUUGAACAGAUUAAGCAAUUUUUUGUUUUGCUCUCUCCACCUCUGUCUAAUAAGCAUUCUGCUGCAGUCCAUUUGUUGUUACAUAUGCUUUUCAGUUUUGUAUAUUUACAUAUUUGAGAGAAAUAAAUGUUGAUUUGUUGACA